CCCGGCUAAGUUGACUAACACGGAGGACUAAUUACAUAACUCUUUCUUCCCUUGGGAGUCAUUUCGAAAAAGAAAAAAAGAAGAUCCAACAUCCAAGCGAAUCCGUUUUAUCCUCGCCCUCGGUAACAAAGUGUCUGUCACUGUGGAUUGAAUGGGAUUGGCUGUGCAGUGAAGGGUACCGACAGUAACUUUCCCAUCCAUCAUUUUUCUUGUCGUUGCCGAUCCCUCAUCAACAACAACAAAAACAAAAAAAGUCAUGUCGAGCUUCCAGAGCACAGCUGCUGUGCGCGCCUGCGCCCGCCGAGCGGCUUCUACCACCUCCGCCGCGACUCUGGCCUCGACAACAUGUCGCGCCGCCGCUUCCCGGAUACAAUUGCAGGGACAGAGAAGCGCAGGGCUGGUACCUAAGAGCUGGACGAGGUUCUCCUCGUCUUCGAUUGCUAAUGACAAUCAGCAAAAGAUGCUCGCUUCCCACUUGCAGACGGCCGAUCCCGUCAUGUACGAUAUUAUCGAAAAGGAGAAGCAAAGACAGAAGCAGUUCAUCAACCUGAUCCCUUCCGAGAACUUCACAUCCCAGGCCGUCCUCGAUGCUCUAGGAAGCCCCAUGCAGAACAAGUACUCUGAAGGCUAUCCCGGAGCGCGUUAUUACGGCGGCAACGAGUUCAUCGAUGCUUCCGAAAGGUUAUGCCAGGACCGAGCCCUCGAGACCUUUGGCUUGGAUCCCAAGGAAUGGGGUGUCAACGUGCAAGCGCUCUCCGGUGCUCCUGCGAACCUCUACGUCUACUCGGCCCUCAUGGACACCCACGACCGCUUGAUGGGCCUUGACCUCCCCCACGGCGGCCAUCUUUCGCACGGUUAUCAGACUCCCACCAAAAAGAUCUCCUUCAUCUCCAAGUACUUCGAGACCCUUCCCUACCGUCUCGAUGAGAAGACGGGCUACAUCGACUACAACAAGCUCGAGGAGCUGGCCAUCACCUACCGCCCCAAGAUCAUCGUCGCCGGCGCCUCCGCUUACAGCCGCCUGAUCGACUACGCCCGCCUCCGCGAGAUCUGCGACAAGGUCAACGCCUACCUCAUGGCCGACAUGGCCCACAUCUCCGGUCUCGUGGCCGCCAAGGUCAUGCCCGGCCCCUUCACCCACGCCGACAUCGUCACCACCACCAGCCACAAGUCCCUCCGCGGCCCCCGCGGCGCCAUGAUCUUCUUCCGCCGCGGCGUCCGCCGCACCAACAAGAAGGGCGAGGAGGAGCUGUACAACCUCGAGACCCCCAUCAACGCCUCCGUCUUCCCCGGCCACCAGGGCGGGCCCCACAACCACACCAUCGCCGCCCUCGCCGUCGCCCUCAAGCAGGCCCAGACGCCCGAGUUCCGCGCCUACCAGAGCCAGGUCCUCGCCAACGCCACGGCGCUCGCCGCCCGCCUCGGCGAGCCCAAGGACAAGAACGGCCUGGGCUACACCAUUGUCAGCGGCGGCACCGACAACCAUCUCGUCCUGAUCGACCUCAAGCCGCAGGGCAUCGACGGCAGCCGCGUCGAGCGCGUGCUGGAACUCGUCGGCGUCGCUGCCAACAAGAAUACCGUCCCCGGCGACAAGUCGGCGCUGACGCCUGGCGGUCUACGCAUCGGCACGCCCGCCAUGACCACGCGCGGGUUCACGGAAGAGGACUUUGCGCGCGUGGCUGACAUCAUCGAUCGCGCCGUGACCAUUGCUGUGCGCAUCAACAAGGCGGCCAAAGAGGAUGCGGUGAAGAAGGGCAACGAGAAGGCGGCGAACCGCGUCAAGACGUUUAUGGAUUACUUGGGCAAUGGCGAGACGGACCCGGAGAUUGUCCAGCUCAGGAGCGAGGUGGAGAGUUGGGUGGGCACGUACCCUUGCCCUUGGGACCAGUCGUCUUAGGGGGUUGACGGACCGAGUGGGGAGGUCAUGCCGAGGUUGAUGAAUGAAGGAAGUAAUGUGAAUGGGAAUGCGAUGAGGGCUAGAGGGCCGACUUUGAUUGAGUUGAUGGGGACCACGGAUAUUGUUGAGGGUCCUGGUUCUAUUACGUCUAUGUCUACAUCUCCGCCAGCUUCGAAGAAGGAAAGCGAAGGCAAAGGCGAGAGACGAGCAUAAAAAGAGCGAAGGCUACCAUGAAGGGAAAAAGGCGGAGGAGUGAGUUUAACAGUCACCUCUCUUGCCCAUUUUGUAAUUUCUGUUUUCACUUUUUUUUUUGGUGUGUUUUUUUCGGUCUACUAACUGGCUGGCUAUAUGGGACUCCAUGGACGGAGUGGGAUGGACAGAGAUGAGAUCAUGUAUUUGCAUAAUGCUUUGUUUUGUUAGCUGCGCGCGGCCUUUCACUUUAACAUUACGGGUACGGCGUCAAUUCAGUUGUUUCUUGUUUGUUUUUAUAUAUCAAAAUAGGUGGUUAAGUUUCAUGGGUUCACACACACCUCUCAAUCAUCCUGAAGGCGAAUUGACAUGGCAUGUUUUCUUUGACUGAACCCGAAAAUUUGCC